AUGUCCAUCCGCCCGGUAUCACGUCUCCGCACACCUCCGGCACUGGCUCCGAUUGAGGAACACCCGGGCCAAUUCCUCGACACCGCAAUCCAUGACCUCCGAACCGACAUCCUCACGCGCCUCGACCUGCUACGCCCGCAAUUCGAAGCCAUAGAAGAGAAAUACAAUGAUCUCCUCCAGAAAAGCGCCGAUCUGCAUGCCUACGUUUUCCAGAGGGCGAAAAUGCUCGGGCGUCUCCAGAUUAUACUGGGACGAAAGGUUGUUGUUGAUCCGGAGGAGUGGAGAAUAGUGUUGAUCAUGAGGGUGAAGGUGGCGAAUAUGUUGGAGGAGCUGGGGAGUGCGAAGGAAAUGGUGAGGACCGAGAUCGACCAUUUAUUGUCGUCGUUGCCGAGGAAGGCGGAUGUGGAGGGGCCGGGAUAUUUGAAGCCGUUGAGUGUGGCGGUGGUGUCUCUUGGUGUGGAAUCAAAUGUGUCUGUGUUGACGUUAGACCCGUUGGCCAGUACGGGAGGUGGGUGGGUCUGA